UGUCCUGUUUAAACCCACUCCUCUUUUGUCUUGUCCAUCCUCCCUUUCUCUGUCUGUCCCAACAAUUCCGAAAGAAGCGAAUACAGAGACAGCGACAGAGACACAGAUGGUGAGGGACGAUAACCCAUACAUCCCGGUGCUCAGCAUCUUCCGGUGCCCGAUAUCGCUGGACGUGAUGGAAUUCCCUGUGAGCCUCUGCACCGGCGUCACCUACGACCGCUCCAGCAUCCAGCGCUGGCUCGACGACGGCAACAACACCUGCCCCGCCACCAUGCAACUCCUCCACACCAAAGACCUGCUCCCCAAUUGCACCUUGCAACGCCUCAUCCGUAUCUGGUCCGACUCCCUCCACCUCCCCCCACGCAACUCCAUCUCCUCCUCGCCACCCUCUUCCCCCCUCCAACAACCACCGCCCAAGGACCACCUCCGCCACCUGAUACACCACAUGGACACCGACCCCCUCGAUUCCCUUUCCAAGAUUGUCAGGUUCGCCAGAGAGUCCGACGACAAUCGCAAAUUCCUCGCCGAAAGCGCCGGCUUCAUCCUAGUCCUCGUCGAAUAUCUCGGGGGCAGCGGUAAUGCCGAAGAUAAAAACAUCGAUGUCCUCGAACAAGUCGUGAUGAUCAUUGAUUUGGUGAAGGACGAAAUCCAAGACUGGGAGGAGCUGUCGAGAUGGAUGUUGAAAAAGACCGGCCGCGAUUGCUUGGCGUCGCUGCUCCUCAUUGCACAACAUGGACACGUGAAUUCUCGAAUCGCAUCGGCUGGGGUUUUGGAAUUAAUCUCGGUAAACGCCGAGGCCAAGAUCCUGAUCGCCGAGAAAGAUGGGUUUUUACACCAACUGCUGAAAUCCACGGCUCGGGAGAAGGAUCCGAUGGUCAUCGAAGCGAGUCUCUCGUGCUUAAUCGCCCUGUCGACGCCGAAGCGCGUGAAGAUUAUAUUGGUCUAUUCGGGAGCAGUGAAACAGCUGUCCAAGUUGCUGUGGGACCCCAAUUCCACGAUGGCGACGGUGGAGAAGGCGUUGAAGGUGCUGGAAACGGUGUCGUCGGUGAAGGAAGGGCGGGCGAAGAUAUGCGGGGACGGGAAGUGCGUGUCGGGGAUCAUGCAGAGGCUGCUAAAGGUGUCGAGUGCGGCGACGGAGCAAGCGGUGACGAUACUGUGGAGCGUGUGCUAUUUGUUUAAGGAGAGGGCGGCGCAAGAGGCGGUGGGGAGGGCGAAUGGGUUGACCAAGAUAUUGCUGCUGAUGCAAAGUAAUUGCUCGCCGGCAGUUCGGCAAAUGUGUGCCGAUUUGCUCAAGAUAUUUCGUGUGAAUUCGAAAUCGGUUAUUUCUUGUUAUGAUACUAAGACCACUCAUAUCAUGCCCUUCUGAGAUUUGAGAGACGAAAUGAUAUUGUAAAUGACACAAAUUUUGGUAGUCCAAUACAAAGGAGAAAUUAAUUUUAUUUUUA